CUCUAUUUGAACGAUAGAGACACACACACACCCAAUCUUGAAUUUCUACUAAGUUGGUAACCAAAAGCUGUACCAUCUAUGAUUACCACUCUCCAUAGAAUCAACGCCUACGUCACUAUUACCUAACAACUUUCUAUGACACGCUUACUAGAUACCUCCAGCUAGUCAAUUGUUUACUAUCCAAACAUUCACUCGUCUCUGAAUGAAGAACGACAAAAAGGAAUUCGUGUUUAUGAAAUUAUGAGUGUGUUACCUACAUUAUUGUAAUCAUCGGUGAAAAUACAAAACAAACAAAAAGGGGAGAAGAAAAAACUAAAUGGUAAAACCUAGAUGGACAAACUAAAUAAACUUGUGGUUAAAAUUUCAAAUUUAGUAAACCAAAAUUUUUAAAAUACUUUGAGAUUUAAAAAAUCGAAAGAUGUGGUUAUUUCUGUUAUUAGUGUUGUGCUUAGUGUAUUCGUUAUGGCGUUUGCGGUACUUCGCAACGAAUGGAGUGAAGACUCUGGUACCGGUCCCGUUUUUGGGGAAUUUGGCGGCGGUCACUUUUGGACAAGAGAACUUUGUGGAGGUUAUAGAAGCUGGUUAUAAUAAGUUCAAAGAUCAGAGAUAUUUCGGCAUCUACCAGUACCACGUGCCGACGCUCGUGCCGUGCGACCCGGAGCUCAUCCGCCGCAUAAUGGUGGCUGACUUCGCGGCCUUCAGCGACCGAGGGGUCCACAUCGACCAAGACUGCGACCCGCUGUUUGGGAGGAACCUCAUCAUGCUGAGAGGUUCAAGAUGGCGCACGAUGCGCGCGGCACUAACCCCAGCCUUCUCUGCCUCUCGCUGUCGCAGCAUGGCGCCACUUAUGGCAGUCUGCGCGAAAAAUGUGCAGAUAUAUCUGGGGGAGCGAGUGCGACGAGAUACACAACUAGAUGUUGAUGAGAUCUCAACAGCAUACGUGAACGACGUGAUCGCGUCAUGCGCGUUUGGGUUCGCGACGGACUCCCUCCAGGACCCGCGCAACUGCAUCUUCCGACUGGCGAAGCGGGCUGUCGUCCAGGAUACCACGCAGAUAAUGAAGUUUUUCGGCUAUGAAAACAUGAAGACGCUCAUGCAGUUGCUGAAGGUGAAGAUUAUAAAGACCGAGGACGCGGAACAGUUUGGCGAGCUGUUUAAAUCUGCCCUGCGCGCGCGCCGCCACGGAGCCACGCCCAGGCCGGACUUCAUACAAACUCUCGUGGACGCUGCGGGCAAAACGACGCCAGGCGCAGAGAAUUUCUCCGACGACGACCUAGUCGCCCAGGCCGUGUUGUUUUACAUCGCCGGCUACGACACCACGGCUAAUCUCAUCAACUAUUUCCUCUACGAAAUGGCCACCAACCUUACUAUCCAGGAGAAACUGCAGAGCGAACUGGACCAGUUACCAGGGUCAUAUGACGACAAGGAGGCAUACGAUAAUGUCCAGGGGUUGGAAUACUUGGAGAUGUGUGUCUGCGAGGUUCUAAGGUUGUGGCCCCUGGUGGGCGCGGCAGAUCGGCGCUCGGUGGCGCGCUACGACUUUGGCCCAAACCAGACCGAUGGAAAAACCCACUUUGUUGCAGAUGCGGGCGUGCACAUAUGGCUACCAGUGUAUUCCGUGCAUCGUGAUGAACGCUACUGGGCACACCCACACCAGUGCGACCCGGAGCGCUUCUCUUCUACCAACAAGCAGAAGAUCCUACCAUAUACUUACAUGCCUUUUGGUACAGGGCCUAGACACUGCAUCGGGUCCCGUUUUGCGACAACAGCGGCUAAAGUGUUCCUGUCGCAGUUCCUCCGGCACUAUAGCGUCAGCGGCGGUUCCUCGCGACAACUUGACCCCAGGGCCUUCAUUCUGCGACCCAAACACGGGUUCACUCUCACUGUCACUCCGAGAAACAACAACACCAAUAUAUUAUAGUCAAUACUUGAUUAUUAUUGCAUCAUUUAUCAAAAGUCACGGACACUUAACACUAGAAGUGUCACAAAAACUUAAUCCUAGGGCUUACAUCAUGCGGCCCAAAAAGACGACUCCAUUCUCACUGUUUAAAUUAUUAUAUUCCUAUUUAUAGUUACUCUAUCAUAAUAAUAAUUGUCUUUGCAACUUUUGCUAUGGCUUUUUAAAUAAAAAAAAAACAACGGGUUGCACUCCAGGAGUGCCGAUAGAAGUGAAAACUCAAUGACUAGUCCAAAAUAUCUGCAGCACUAUGUAUAAUUGACCCAUCCUCCUUUCUAUUGAAAAACUUUAAUGCCGAAAUUGUUGGCCAGUGAGCUUAAAUUUGUAGCGUUAAUUGUUUAAAAUUCGAAUAGAAAUUGUAAAGUUACCUUGCAGACCUCGCAUCUAAAUAUAUUUGAUCAUGAUAUUUUGAGUUUUAUUCACCAGUAUUA